AUGACGUAUUUAUGGCUCUUGUUGUCCAACUUGUGUUUAGUACUCGUGAGUAGCAGCGUGUACGACGGCUAUAAGGAGCUUGAGCUGGCAACAAAGUCGCGAUCGGCAGUUGAAAAUUUUAGGUUUGCUGAGUUGGCAAGAAAUGACUCAUUCCAUGGGCUCUAUAAUAAAAGGGGCUUGGGUGCCUCCGCGCGUUCAACAGAGGAAACUUUUGCCAAGUUAUUGGAUACAAUUGGCAUAAGCUAUAGGCUGGUCAAUGGAGAUGUGGGUCUAACCCUUGGUCGGGAGAUUCCGUACGAGGGUGGCCUGAGCACCGAACGCUAUUAUACGCACUCGGAGAUAAAUCAGUACCUUGAAGACCUGGCUAAGCGUUUCCCGACACGCGUUUUCAUUAAGGCCGCUGGCAAGAGCUACGAGGGUCGUUGGAUGAAGACUAUUACGAUAACGAAUGGCGAUCAGCGCACAAACAAAAAUGUCAUCUUCAUAGAUGGCGGCAUUCAUGCUCGCGAGUGGAUUGCUCCUGCCGCAGCACUUUAUGCCAUAAGUGAGCUCGUGGAAAACUUUGUCGCGUAUCAUGAACUGCUGUUGGACUAUGAUUGGGUAGUGCUGCCCGUAGUUAAUCCCGAUGGGUAUGAGUACACACAGCUGUCGCCGGAUACUCGGCUUUGGCGGAAAACGCGCCAACCAAGUAGCGCCGAAUGUAUUGGCUCUGAUCCUAAUCGCAAUUUUGAUUUUCAUUGGAAUGAGGGGGGCUCCUCUUCUGAUCCAUGCUCAGAUACUUAUGGUGGACCGCAAGCCUUGUCAGAGCCUGAGGUCGUUGUGUUGCGUGACUUACUGCACACUUUUUCCGGCCGAGGAAAAAUGUAUUUGACCCUGCACUCCUAUGGCAAUCUUAUACUUUAUCCGUGGGGCUGGACGCCCGAUUUGCCGGAGACUGUCGACGAUUUGCAUGAGGUAGCGACUGCCGGCUCUGAGGCUAUAUAUGCCGCCACAGGCACAAAAUACGAAAUCGGUUCUUCGACCAACGUGCUCUAUGUAGCAGCGGGCGCCAGCGACGACUACGCCUUCCAUGCCGGAUUUCCCAUAUCAUUCACCAUGGAAUUGCCAGCUGGUGGUCCAAAUGAUUUUGAUCCACCUCCAUCAGCUAUUGAUAGUAUCGUUAAGGAGACGUGGGUUGGAAUAGUGGCUAUGGCACACAAAGUCGUUGAAAAAUAUCCAUUGGAAUGA